AUGACCAUCAAACAUAUUGUAUUGUUCCAAUUUAAAGCCGAUGCUUCGCCAGAAGCUAUCCAAGAAGCAUGUCCACGAGAAAAAGCCUUGCCAGUGCCAAGACCGUAACGGCAUCCAAUAUGCCUUUGUCGCCGAAUUCGAAAGCCCCGAUGACAGAGAUUACUACGUGGCAAAGGACCCUACGCACCAGUCCUUUGUGAAAACGGCUGAGCAGAUCAUCGAGAAAGCGAUUGUCGUUGACUACACCGCUGGGGUUUUCUAG